UUAAAGGAGAUGUGCCUAAAUUUAUAGUGUUAACAGAUUAAGGAAGGCAAUGCCCGACUCCGUAGGAUCUUUGAUCAAGUCAACUUGCUCACACUCCGCAAACACCUCCACCUCUCUUCGCGUCCAUUUAUAUUUCUAGUGUUUUUGCCACUUUUUUUAUAACUCAAUUUUUGUAUUUCUCAUUUUUCUCCUUUUAUUUUCGCUAAAAAAAGAAUGGCGGUUGGGAAAACUCGAGGGAACAAGCGGAGUGCGACAACCUCGUACGCGUCGACCGUUACGACGGUAAUAUUCGUGGCACUAUGCGUGAUUGGUGUGUGGAUGCUUUCGUCCAACAGCGUAACUCCGCCGCAGAUAACACGUGCCUCCACCCGAACAGCUUCCGUCACUGAGAGCAAUGAACAGCAGCCCGUCUUCGAAGACAAUCCCGGCAAGCUCCCCGACGACGCCAUCAUGUCGGACGAGUCCAAGGAUAAGAACGAAGGCUCUGCCGCCGAAGUGGCGGAGAAACAGAGGCAGGGAGAGGGUUCCAGACAAGAGACCGAGCAGAAGAGCGAGGAAGAUAACGAAGGUGAUAAAGAGAAGGAGAACAGCGAGAAAGAGAAGGGACAGGUGAUGAAGGAGGAGUACGAGAAAGAACAGCGGGAACAGAGAGAAGAGGAUGAGGGCACGCAAGGACAAGACGUGUUGGAACAGGGAAAGAAACAAGGCCAUGAUCUGGAUUCCUCCAACUCUGAGGUGGUUACGUUCACGGAUUCAACCAGGGAUGAGCAACCCACUGAACAUGGCUUCUUGAAAGGGGUGUCUCAGAAUGAGACAUCAUCAGAUGACGCAAAGAACCAAGAAAACGGGCAACAACAACAGGAGGAUCCAAGCUCGGGAAGAGAGGAAAAUGUGCAGGAAGACGAACAGAACACGACGACAGAUGAAAACGGGAGGACACAACAGAACACGGAUAAUGGACAACAACAGGCGGAACAGAGCACAGUGCCAGAAGAAGAAGAUGGGCAGACAAACAAGAAACAACAGGAGGAGGAGGAGGAGAAGGGGACAGAUGCAGGAGGGGCUUCUUCUGGCUCAGGGGAAUCUUUUCCAGGAGGAGGAAACUCAGUGAUACCCAAAGAGUCUCCAGAGUCGAAGAAGUCUUGGAAGACUCAGGCGACUGAAUCUAAAAACGAGAAACAGAGACAGAGAGACGAAUUGGAUAGUGGGGAGAGCAAGUUGGAUGUGAAAGCAUGGGAACUGUGCAAUACCACUGCUGGUCCUGAUUACAUCCCAUGCUUAGACAACGAAGAAGCUAUAAUGAAACUGAGGAGCAGACGACACUUUGAGCACAGAGAGAGGCAUUGCCCGGAGGACCCACCGACAUGUCUGGCCCCUCUUCCAGAGGGGUACAAGGAGUCCAUCAAGUGGCCGGACAGCCGAGAUAAGAUAUGGUACCAUAACGUACCACACACAAAGCUGGCGGAGGUAAAAGGACACCAGAACUGGGUUAAGGUGACCGGCGAGUUCUUGACGUUUCCUGGUGGCGGAACACAGUUCAUCCACGGCGCUCUCCACUAUAUUGACUUCCUUCAGCAGUCACUGAAACGCAUUGGGUGGGGUAAACACACCCGGGUCAUACUGGAUGUCGGAUGUGGAGUGGCAAGCUUUGGAGGUUACCUCUUUGAAAGGGAUGUUCUAGCUAUGUCUUUAGCGCCAAAAGAUGAACACGAGGCUCAGGUUCAGUUUGCACUCGAAAGGAGGAUCCCGGCCAUCUCUGCAGUAAUGGGCUCUCAACGGCUCCCAUUCCCAAGCCGAGUGUUUGAUCUCAUCCACUGUGCCCGUUGUAGAGUCCCCUGGCACAAUGAAGGCGGUUUGCUUCUUCUGGAACUGAACCGGCUUCUCCGUCCAGGUGGUUAUUUUGUGUGGUCUGCUACUCCAGUCUACCAGAAGCUUGAAGAAGAUGUCCAAAUCUGGAAAGAGAUGUCCUCGUUGACAAAAUCCAUGUGCUGGGAUCUUGUGACUAUCAACAAGGAUAAACUCAAUGGUGUUGGUGCCGCCAUCUUCCGGAAACCUGUCUCGAAUGAAUGCUAUGAAAAAAGACAGCAACAGCAGCCUCCGAUGUGCAAAAACGACGAUGAUGCCAAUGCAGCCUGGUACGUACCUCUACAAGCAUGCAUGCAUAAGGUGCCCAUCAAUCCAGUUGAAAGAGGGAGCAAAUGGCCCGUGGACUGGCCUCGUAGGCUUCAAGCACCUCCUUAUUGGCUAAACAGCUCUCAAAUGGGGAUCUAUGGAAAACCAGCACCUCAGGACUUCACAACAGAUUAUGAGCACUGGAAGCAAGUAGUUAGCAAGGUAUACAUGAACGAAUUAGGCAUCAGCUGGUCUAAUGUCAGAAAUGUAAUGGACAUGCGAGCUGUCUACGGAGGUUUUGCAGCAGCUCUAAGGGACCUGCAGGUCUGGGUCAUGAAUGUAGUUAACAUAAAUUCGCCAGACACACUGCCGAUAAUCUAUGAGAGGGGGCUGUUUGGAAUUUACCAUGACUGGUGUGAAUCUUUCAGCACAUACCCUCGAAGCUAUGAUCUCCUGCAUGCAGAUCAUCUUUUCUCUAAGCUGAAGGAGCGGUGCAAACUUGCUCCUGUGAUGGCAGAAGUCGAUAGAAUUGUUCGACCAGGAGGUAAAUUCAUUGUUCGCGAUGAGUCCAACAUUGUCAGGGAAGUUGAAACUCUGUUGAAGUCCCUCAACUGGGACGUCCACCUAACCUUCUCCAAGAACCGCGAGGGAAUAUUAAGCGCACAAAAAGGAUUCUGGAGACCAGAUGCAACCCAAGCUUCUUCCUGAAAGAAAGACAAUGAUUUUCCUCCUCUUGACUUCCAAUAGCACAGUAGUCUCAUGAUACAUCAUUCGCUCAUAUCUGUAAACCAAAAACUUCUUGCUAGCAGCAGAAGCUGGGCAAGGAGUUCAGUAAAAGAAUAGCACUACACUUAUGAAACUAGACUAAUCAGAACAUCAACAUCAGUUUUUUUUUUUAAAAGUAAAUUUCAUGUUCUACAUUGAUUUCGAUCUUUAUCCCGAAUGAGCCAUGGAAUCAGAAAAGUAAGGCACACUCGUGAAAGAAAUGUAUGCUAGCGACAUGGUUAAUGAGGGGUCACUGAUGCUUUUAAGAGCAUCAUCACAAGAUUUCAUCAAAAUCUUGUAUUCCUUCUCCUACAUCACAUGAUUCCGCUUUUCCUCUUCCCAAAUCAAUACUCUGCAAAGCAGCUCUAAUGUCUGGAACAAGAUAAAUGAGCAAGAAUGUAAAUUAGAAGCCAGAGUUGCCACCAAGCAAGAUUAAUGGGUGAAAACAGAACAAUAAAAAAACGAAAUUUAGAACAAAAGGCUACAACAAGGUCCACCAAUGUGGCUUUUUCCACUUACAAAAACUUGGCAACCGACAAACUCCAGAAGGCUCAUACUGGAUUUGAGGAUAUCCCAGGAAGAAAGAGGUUAUCUUGGGUACAACUCCACAGAGUAACGAAUGAAGAAGAGAGAACAAAGACAAAUACCUCUAAGAUCAAGCCCCGCUAUCAAUGGCGUUUGGCAGCCAUGCAGUACAGCUUCACACAAAGCAAAACCACAAAGAACGCCAAAACAUAUAACCCCAGUAUACCAAUCGGGAAAUAAUCGAUUGAAGGCUAUCCAAACUCAAAUUCCGGGCUGCAAACCUCAGAAACUAUAACCAAAAAUUAUAUAAAUAGUUUCAUACGAAUCAAUUUAGGUUUAAAGCGUUCAACAAUUACCCAAGAAAUCGAAAACAGUUACACCUCUUUUUCACACGAUGG